AUGGCUGAUGCACUUGCAAAACCCGAAAUUGUCGACGACGCAGAAGGUGCAUCCUGCGAAGUUCUCGACAAAAGAAACGAUUUUCAAGGACCCCACAACUGGAGGCACAAUUUACGACAUGUUGAAGAAUUGACGAUAAAUGGCAGUUCACAUUCUUUUGACGAAAAUAAGGAUUCAAGGGCAGAUAAGCCUGUCUUGAAAAGCCCUGAUACCAAAGAUGUCAAAAAGAUUCCUAGACCUCAUGACAUCAAAUUAAGAGAUAAGUCAAAACCUCUUCAAACCCCGACAUGGAAACAAGCUUUAAUAGAGAAAAAAGGGAUUCGACCAGUGGUGGCUAAACAUAGUCAAGAGUCUGCUGCAUCACCUACCACAGCACAGGCCCCAAAAAGACGCAGCCUUACCUCCGGUGCGGAAUCUGCCUUUACUCAACAAGUAGUCAUUCCUGUACAAGGCAUUCAGAGGAAGAGGGUUUCACCUUCCAAUUCUUUUCGACAAAGUAACCAAGGUGGAUCUGCUACCAACACAGCUGAAUUGACAAAGAAAAGAAUAGAAAGAGUUCAAAGAGCUAGAUUAUAUCUUCUACAGCAAACUGGACCCAAUUCUUUUCUAAUUGGUGGAGAUUCACCUGACCAUAAGUUUAGAGUCAUAAUUGGACCUCAGACAUGUAAUUGUGGCCGAGGUCCACAUUGUGUACAUGUAUUGUUUGUUAUGUUACGAGUAUUUAAACUCAGUGAAACAGAUUCUUGUCUCAUAAGUAAGACUUUAAAAAAUUACGAGGUUGAGAAUCUGUUUCGAGUGUAUCAUGAUAAACAAUCAUCCCGGAUUAACAAACGUAAAAACAUUCGACGGAAACGUUCUAAAGUUACCUCAGAUGAUGUUAUGACCAAUUCAACUGAAAGUAUAAAUUUACAUAACGAAAGUGAUGCUGGAAGUGUAAGAGAAGAAGAAGAAACAUGUCCAAUAUGUUUAUUAGAGAUGUUCGAAGGAGAAAGCUUAUUAAAAUGUGAAAAUGGUUGUCAAAAUCGUCUUCAUCAUCAUUGUAUAGCAAUAUGGUUUGAGGAUAGAAGAAGACAAAGUGAGCCCUUAAUUUGUCCAUUAUGUCGAGCACAUUGGACUACUUCAACUGUAGAGAUGAAAAGCACCUUAAAUACUGGACAAGAAGCACCACCUAACACAAGGGCUUCCUCACCACAGCAUCCUGGUAUAGAAGGUGAUAUGAGAUUACCUUAUGCCGAGCCUAUCCCAUCAGAAUAUACUGAUAUUGCUACGCCAUGGAUACAAGUUUUAGGUGAAGAUUUAGUGAAUUGUCUGUUUUCACGGAAUUGGUCAAUACGUGAAACAGGCUUAAAACAUUUAAGUAAAGAAGUUGUUGGCACGUUGAUGAGGGGUGUUGGUGAAGGAAGGAGUGGUGUAGUUGUUUCAUCAUCCCAGUUAGAAGCUAAUCAUACCAUGCUGGAGACCUGUUGUAAUAUUCUAGCCUUUAUGUGUGCUGAUCCUGUCUACAGAGUUUUUGUUGCCAGUUUGCGAGCAAUGAGAACAAUGCUGUCUUAUACACCAUGUAGAGAUGAAGAACAGAUGUUAAGAUUGCAGAAAUUAUUAAGACCUAUAGUGGAUGCUAUCAUAAUUAAAUGUACUGAUGGCAAUAGACGUACUAGUCAGUUAUCCAUAUCAACAUUGGUAGAACUAGCUAAAGGACAGACUGGUGAAUUAGCUGUUGGUAGAGAAAUAGUCGAUCCAGGAACAUUUGGAGUAGAUGGUUUAUCAUUCGUGUUAAGAUGUACAACAGAAGAUUAUACCGACAAUGUACAAUGGCAGUGGUUGUUAGGACGACUGUAUGUUAUUGAUAGAUUAAUCGAGACAUUUCCAGAUCAGUUUUCUUUACCAUGUCCUUAUCCUUGUAUCACCAAUGAUGGAAGUGCUGCAGCAGGACCAGAGGAAAGUGAAUCACCCCAAGUUGACUUGCCCACUAAUUCUCACAAGAUUCUUGAUGUAGCUCAAUUUUCCAUCAAGGCUGUUUGUAAUGCUCAUACUAAUAUCUCUUCUUUGGCCAAACGUAUCUUCAUAGUGGCAGCAAAACUAAGUUUACAUGUAGAGAGUGUGAUUAAGGAGAUAGAAAAGCUCUUUGCUCUGGUGGACUCUUCAGCAGUGACAGGACUCAAACGUAAAUUGGCUAAAAUUGUAGAAAAUUAUAACAUAUCUGAGAAAAUUGUUCAGGAACUUCAUCAUGGUUCUAAGUGCAAUGGACAUUUUGAUAUAGGAUCUCCUACCCAAACUUCAAUGGACUCACCGGUUUCAACUCCCCGGUGCAACUCUCCUGUCACUGAUACCAGUGAACAAAAUGCAUCAACUCGUAUUCCUCAGGUGCCACCUAAUACACCCACCCAUCGUUCACAACGAAGAGGCUGUCGUAAAAUUCCCAAAGAAGUUAUUGACAAGGCUGUCUCACCUGAAUUAAAUGGCAAGCACAAUGGUGAAUUUGAUGAUAUCAUACAAGCUCACAUACCUUUAGCUCAACUACGUAAAUUACGCCGUGAUAAAUCUUUAGAAACACCUCAUCGUCAUGGCCUUAGUUGUGUACCAGAAAAUGAACCCAUGACAAAUUCUGAGGAAAUCAGACAAAGCAUAUCACAAGAUUUUUCGAGUAAAAACUCAGGCAGCAUAAAUCUAUCUGGAAGUGUAUGUCGCAUGAUUCCGAAAGACUCAAUUAAUAUUCCUAAACCAGAAAUGGGGAGUUUAUCCGAGGAUGAGGUUCAGAGCAUUCCUGAACUACAUUCGGAAAGCAUUCCUGUAAUCGUUAUUCAUGAUGAGAGUGUAAGUGGUGUGGAUGUAGAGAGUAUUUGUGGAGUCCAUAUUGAUCUUGAAAGUAUUCCAGAAUAUACUGGUGAUAUUGAAGACAGUAUUAUGUGUGAAGAGGAUACUAAUAUAGUGGAUAGUGUCCAAUCUUCAGGUGUCCAAAGUGAGGACGUAUCAAUCUGUGAUAAGAAAGACUUGAAUAUUUGCCUUCCCAAUAUAACUCUUAAAGACUCUCAAGUGUGUUGCUGUAAUUGUCAUAAGCAACCAGUUGAUGGUGCAUCAUCAUAUUCUGGUGCUGUUGCUGCACCCAACACACCUGAUGAAGGAUCGGUAUGUGUAUAUCAUACUGAACAGGCUGAUGAAGAAAAUAGUGAUGAGAUGAUGGUGUAUCAACCAGCUGGUUGUAGUAAUGGUGAUAGACCUGUAUCAUUUAUUACUGAAGUUACCCAGUCUCCUUCAACUUCCCCUAAUCAUGCUAGAGAACAUAGCCAAGUUAGUGAUUGUCCGUGUAAAGAUGAAGUAGAAAAGGAAGAAGCAGCAGUAUUGGCUAAAGCUUUAGCUGUCUCUGAGAGGACUGAUGCAUGCCCUGUAGUACCUGGUCUAACACCAACUAGUAGAGAAGAAGUUAUUACUAUCAGAAUACAACCAGAGAACUAUAAUGAUGUGAAUGAUAAUGGACCUAGUAUAUAUUUGGAACAGAUACAUUGGGUAAAAGGACCACUUUUAGGUACUGGUGCCUUCAGUACAUGUUAUCAAGCCAGAGAUGUUAGAACUGGUGUUAUCAUGGCUGUUAAACAGAUUUCAUUUUGUCGCAAUUCAUCAUCGGAACAAGAUAAAGUAGUAGAAGCUAUUUCAGAAGAAAUCCACAUGAUGUCCAGAUUAAAUCAUGCCAAUGUGGUCAGAAUAUUUGGUGCUACUAAACAAGGCUGUCAUUUUAACAUGUUUGUAGAAUGGAUGCCUGGUGGUUCAGUAGCCUAUUUAUUAGGAACUUAUGGUAGUUUUUCUGAAGGAGUUAUAUUGAAUUAUAUUAAACAGUGUUUAUUAGGUCUAUCCUAUCUUCACGAUAAACAAAUUCUUCAUCGAGAUUUAAAAGGUGCUAAUUUACUGGUAGAUAGCACAGGACAGAAGUUAAGAAUAGGUGAUUUCGGUGCUGCUGCCAGACUAGCUUCCCAGACAACAGGUGCUGGUGAAUUUCAGGGACAAUUACUUGGAACCAUUGCCUUUAUGGCACCAGAGGUUUUACGAGGAUAUAGUUAUGGUAGAGCUUGUGAUAUUUGGAGUGUAGGUUGUGUGAUUAUUGAAAUGGCUACAGCAAGACCACCAUGGAAUGCUCAAGAUGUAUCAAAUCAUUUAGCAUUAAUAUUUAAGAUUGCAUCUUCAGUGCAACCACCUCCAAUUCCAGACAACUUAUCUCAACCUUUACGAGAUUUACUAUUACGAUGUUUGGAACAAAACUCAGACAACAGACCCACUUCAAAAGAUUUACUUAUCCAUCCUGUCUUUGAACAGCUCAUAUCAUAA